GGGCGGGGUGGUGUCUGUACUCAGUCCUGGAGUUUGGCCUCAGCUGGGGCCCUGGGCCCCUCAUUGGACAGGGUAUAUGGAGACAGCUACAGGCCUAGCACGAUCACACUGGACAGGCCUCUUCCUCCAAGAAGCCAGGUGAGGUGGGGGCUUUGUGUCCCCCCAGAAGCUCCCCUUUGAAGGUCUCAGGUUUCUUUCCCCUCCCAAGCAUCUUAGGAUGCCCUGCCUCCUUUCCCAGUUAUGCCUUUCUGGUCUCUGUUUGACGUUCCUUGGAGAAACAUGGCCCAGUUCCCAUACACCUGCCCCUCCCCAAGCCCUGUGGCCAGGGCCUGCGGCUUGUCGGGGGAGGGGACGUUGUUUCUGGUGUCCUCCACACACUCUCAUACCCCCUGGGGCGCUCUUGGGCUUGGCUUCAGGGACUCCCGGCACUGCGGAGACAAGGGCAUUGGGCCUAGGGAAGACCCGGCUCGGUGGCUCCCUCCUCGGCUCCCGGCUGGGGGCAGGGGGCAGGGGACAGGGCUGACCCCAAGGCCUUACGGCCGGAAAGGGAGACCUCAGCGUCUGUGUGCGUGCGUGCCACGCGCCUGUGGCACCCCCGCGAGUGCCGCGCGUCCCGCCGCGCGCCCGGGCCCUUCGUGCCCGCGCCUCCCGGAGCCGGCCUUGCUCCGCACGCGGGUCAGCGCGCGCGCCGGGACCGGACCUCGGGGCGGGGCCGCGGGGGGCGGGGCCUCCCGGGGGCGGGGCCCGCGUCGGGCUCGCGCGGUCGCGCGCCCGGCAGCCCCGGAGCGAGCGAGCCGCGAGCGGAGGCAGAGCGCGGCCGUGCUGUUGCGCGCGAUGCUGCCCUGGACGGUGCUCGGCCUGGCCCUGAGCCUGCGGCUGGCGCGGGGCGGCGCGGAGCGCGGCCCCCCGGCAUCUGCCCCCCAGGGGGACCUGCUGUUUCUGUUGGACAGCUCUGCCAGCGUGUCUCAUUAUGAGUUUUCCCGAGUUCAGGAGUUUUUGGGGCGGCUGGCGGCCCUGCUGCCCCUGGGCCCUGGGGCCCUGCGUGCCAGCCUGGUGCACGUGGGCAGCCGGCCGCACACCGAGUUCUCCUUCGGCCAGCACAGCUCAGGCUCGGCUGUCCAGGAUGCCAUACGCGCUGCAGCCCAGCGCAUGGGUGACACCAACACUGGCCUGGCGUUGGCAUACGCUAAGGAGCAGCUGUUUGCCAAGGCGGCGGGGGCCCGGCCGGGGGUGCCCAAGGUACUGGUGUGGGUGACAGACGGCGGCUCCAGCGACCCCGUGGGGCCCCCCAUGCAGGAGCUGAAGGACCUGGGCGUCACCGUCUUCAUCAUCAGCACCGGCCGCGGCAACCUCCUGGAGCUGUCGGCUGCCGCCUCGGCCCCCCCUGAGAAGCACCUGCACUUUGUGGAUGUGGACGACCUGCACAUCCUCACGCCGGCACUGAGGGGCUCCAUCCUUGACGCGAUGUGGCCGCAGCAGCUCCGUGCCUCCGAGGUCACGUCCGACGGCUUCCGUCUGGCCUGGCCGCCCCUUCUGACCGCCGACUCGGGCUACUACGUGGUGGAGCUGGCGCCCGGCGCCGGGCCGGGGACCGCGCGCCGCCAGCAGCUGCCCGGCAACGCCACGGGCUGGGCCUGGACCGGCCUGGACCCCGACACGGACUACGACGUGGCGCUGGUGCCGGAGUCCAACGUGCGGCUCCUGAGGCCGCAGCACCUGCGGGUGCGCACGCUGCCGGGUGAGGCGGGGCGCGGGGCCGGGCGGGCCGGGGGCGCGGCGCCCGCAGAGGAGGCCGGGCCGGAGCGCAUCGUCGUCUCGCACGCCCGGCCGCGCAGCCUGCGCGUGAGCUGGGCGCCGGCGCUGGGCCCGGCCGCCGCGCUCGGCUACCACGUGCAGGUCGGGCCGCUGCGGGGCGGCGCGGCGCAGCGCGUGGAGGUGCCCGCGGGCCGCAACAGCACCACGCUGCAGGGCCUGGCGCCCGGCACCGCCUACCUGGUGACCGUCACGGCCGCCUUCCGCUCCGGCCGCGAGAGGGCGCUGUCGGCCAAGGCCUGCACGCCCGACGGCGAGCGCAGCCGCGCCCCGCGCCCCGCGCCGCCGGGGGCCGGGCGCCGGGCGCCGUGAGCCGGCCGCGCCCGCGCGCCCGAGGGCCCCCUUCUCCGAGCCCGGCGGGUCUUGCCCCGGGGGUGGGAUGCCGGCCGGCCUUUGGCCCGCGGGACCCCCGCGCGAGAGGGCGCUCUGCCCCGGCGUCCGCCCUGCGGCUCGCGGCCUCGCCUGACCCUCCGCGGCGGUGCGCGCCCUCGCGACUCCCUCCCCCGCCCGGCCCAGAGCUGGGCACUCGGUGCGGUCCCUCGGGCAGGGUUUCGCGGGGAGAUGGGCGGGAUUUCAGGGGGCCCGUCGAAAACAUCGGGACCGCAGGGUGCCGGGGCGGCCGGGCCUCCCGCUUGCACGAAGGGCCAGACCGGCUGGUGGCAGAGGCCAGCAUCUGUUGAGGGGGGUUGGUCUCGGUGGCGGCUCCGAGUCCCCACCAGCCACUUGGGUCUUGGAUGGGAAGGGAAGGCGCUGGCUCUGGCCUGGCGCCCAGAGGCUUCCUGGAGGGGACAAGGUCUGGGAAAGGGGAGGGGAAGUGCUGGGAGUGGAUGGUGUGGUCCGCAGCUGGGUGGCUGGAGACACAGCCUUCCCCCGGAUGCUCAGCUGGCUUGGGGGCAGUGCCUGCGGGAACAGUGGCCCUGCCUUCCUACCUAGGACCCCACCGGGCCCAGCUACAGCCACUGCGACGCAGAUGGCACCUUUUGGGAAGAACGGGACAGAGCUUGCCAUUCGGGACCCUGGAGACAGGAGAGCUUGUCCCUGUGGGGUCCUAAGGCUGGCACUUGCGGGGCGCUUUUCCUGCUUCUGGGCGGAGGGCCUCCAUGGUGGGGGCGCAGGGACAAGCAGGGAAGACCCUGGGGGCUACACCCCAGCCAUUCUCUGCAGUGUCUCCUGACCCCACCUCCUGUCACUCCUUACUGUGCUGGGGCCACCAGACGAGCCCCAAUGGCAGGCAGUACUGCUCUCCCUUGGCCCUACUAGGCACCUCCUCCUCCACCUGCGCUGACUCAGUGCUCACUUUGCCUCUUCCCCCACUAACGCCCCAGACUUUAAAAUACAGUAAAUCAGAUGUAAACUCA